GGACAAUAACUGGCUGUCCCAGAGCUUGUCUCUUCCUGUCUGGUGGCUGUGGUUUGUGUGCUGGGCUCAGCCCCAGGUUUCCCAGCGCCUGGGAUUACUUUUCUUUCCGUUUUUCCCUGUCAUUGGGCAGCGGGAACUCUGCAGGCAGAGCGCAGCUGAUUUCCCUGGGACUGCCUCUCUCCUGGGCUGCUCCUUCUCCUUGGAAAACGCCCUCUCCAGAUGCUCCAGUAGGAGCUGGUGGGAGGGAGGGAGUUCUGACUGCACUGAAAAUGCCAUAAAAAAAAAAAAAAGGAAAAAAAACAAGGCAACUGACAGAAGAGAGAAGUUGUCCUCAGAUUGCUGCUUUUUGCAGCGGCGUAAACGAAGGCGCUGCAAGGGCUGCGGGAGCUGGCGGGAGGCAGAGAUGAAGUUCAGAGGAGGGGGAUUGGGAGCCAACGGCAUCCGGCUGACCAUGGAGAGCGCUCUGACGGCCCGGGACCGUGUCGGGGUGCAGGACUUUGUCCUGCUGGAAAACUUCACCAGCGAAGCUGCAUUCAUUGAAAACCUGAGGAAACGCUUCAAGGAGAACCUGAUCUAUACCUACAUUGGCUCUGUGCUGGUGUCUGUGAACCCCUACAAGGAGCUGGAGAUCUACACCAAGCAGAACAUGGAGCGGUACCGCGGUGUCAGCUUCUAUGAAGUUUCUCCUCACCUCUACGCCAUCGCGGACAAUUCCUACCGCUCGCUGCGCACCGAGAGGAGGGACCAGUGCAUCCUCAUCUCCGGCGAGAGCGGCGCCGGCAAGACCGAGGCCACCAAGAAGAUCCUGCAGUACUACGCGGUCACCUGCCCCGCCAGCCAGCAGGUCGAGACCGUCAAGGACCGCCUGCUGCAGUCCAACCCCGUCCUGGAGGCCUUUGGAAAUGCAAAAACCCUUCGGAAUGACAACUCCAGUCGGUUUGGGAAGUACAUGGAUGUGCAGUUUGAUUACAGGGGGGCUCCUGUCGGGGGCCACAUCUUGAACUACCUCCUGGAGAAAUCCCGAGUUGUGCACCAGAACCACGGCGAGAGGAACUUCCACAUCUUCUACCAGCUGCUGGAGGGGGGCGAGGAGGAGCUGCUGAGGAGGCUGGGCCUUGAGAAGAACCCCCAGCACUAUCACUAUUUAGUAAAGGGUCACUGUGCAAGGGUCAGUUCCAUAAAUGACAAAAAUGAGUGGAAGAUCAUGAGGAGAGCCCUGUCUGUUAUUGGCUUCAAUGACAGUGAGGUGGAGGAUUUGCUGAGCGUUGUGGCCAGUGUCCUGCACCUGGGGAAUGUCCAGUUUGCUGCUGAUGAGCAGGGCAAUGCUCAGGUCACUACAGAGAACCAGAUUAAAUACCUGGCCAGGCUGCUGGCAGUGGAUGGCUCUGUUCUUCGGGAUGCACUGACCCACAAGAAGAUCAUAGCAAAAGGGGAGGAGCUGGUGAGUCCCCUGAACCUGGAGCAGGCAGCCUACGCCAGGGACGCGCUCGCCAAGGCCGUGUACGGCCGCACCUUCUCCUGGCUGGUCAGCAAGGUCAACAAAUCCCUGGCUUACAAGGCAAAGAAGUUUCCAGGCUGGAGAAGUACAACAGUUCUAGGAUUGCUGGACAUCUAUGGGUUUGAGGUUUUCCAGCACAACAGCUUUGAGCAGUUUUGCAUUAAUUACUGCAAUGAGAAGUUGCAGCAGCUCUUCAUAGAGCUCACCCUGAAGUCGGAGCAAGAGGAGUACGAGUCCGAGGGCAUCGCGUGGGAACCAGUUCAGUAUUUCAAUAACAAAAUAAUUUGUGAUUUGGUGGAAGAGAAAUUCAAAGGCAUCAUUUCUAUUUUGGAUGAGGAGUGUCUGAGACCUGGGGAUGCCACAGACACGACAUUCUUGGAGAAGCUGGAGGAGACUGUGAAGAACCACCCUCAUUUUCUCACGCACAAACUCGCUGACCAAAAGACGCGCAAGUCGCUGGGGCGGGAGGAGUUCCGGCUCUCGCACUACGCUGGGGAUGUCACCUACAGCGUGGCAGGUUUUCUAGAUAAGAACAACGACCUUCUCUUCCGGAACCUGAAGGAGACCAUGUGCAACUCAGAGAACCCCAUCAUAAACCAGUGCUUUGAUAGGACAGAGCUGACAGACAAAAAGAGACCUGAAACGGCAGCAACUCAGUUCAAAAACAGCCUAGCCAAGCUCAUGGAAAUCCUGAUGUCCAAAGAACCCUCCUACAUUCGCUGCAUGAAACCCAACGAUGCCAAACAGGCUGAUCGCUUCGACGAGGUCCUGAUCCGGCACCAGGUGAAGUACCUGGGGCUGAUGGAGAACCUGCGCGUGCGCAGAGCCGGCUUCGCCUACCGCAGGAAAUACGAGGUGUUCCUGCAGAGGUACAAAUCCCUGUGUCCAGAGACGUGGCCCACGUGGGAUGGGCGGCCCUACGAUGGGGUGGCUGUGCUGGUGAAGCAUCUUGGCUACAAACCAGAAGAAUACAAAAUGGGACGAACAAAGAUUUUUAUCCGCUUUCCCAAAACCUUGUUUGCGACAGAAGAUGCUCUGGAAGUGAGGAAGCAGAGUCUGGCCACAAAAAUGCAGGCAACAUGGAGAGGUUUCUACCGCCGGAAGAAAUUCCUGACCAUGAAACACUCAGCCAUCACCAUCCAGUCCUGGUGGAGGGGAACCCUGGGACGCCGAAAAGCUGCCAAGAGGAAAUGGGCAGUGCAGACAAUCAGGAGGUUCAUUAAAGGCUUCAUUUACCGGAACCACCCGCGGUGCCCAGAGAACGAGUAUUUCCUGGAUUACAUCCGAUUCUCCUUCCUCAUGAACCUCAAGAGGAACUUACCAAAAAAUGUCUUGGACAAAUCGUGGCCAACUCCUCCCCCUUCCCUGUGUGAGGCGUCGCAGCUCCUGCGCAGGCUCUGCAUGCAGAACAUGGUCUGGACCUACUGCAAGAGGAUCAGCCCCGAGUGGAAGCAGCAGUUGGAACAAAAAGUAAUUGCCAGUGAGAUUUUCAAGGGUAAAAAAGACAAUUAUCCUCAGAGUGUUCCCAGGCUCUUCAUCAACACUCGACUGGGUAGAGAAGAAAUAAAUACCAAAGUCCUUCAGGCAUUAGAAAAUGAAGCACUUAAGUACGCAGUGCCCGUGGUCAAGUACGACAGGAGGGGCUACAAGGCGAGGGCGCGGCAGCUGCUGCUCACACAGAGCUCGGCCAUCAUCGUGGAGGAGUCCAAGGUGAAGCAGCGAAUCGACUACUCCAACCUGACAGGGAUCUCUGUCAGCAGCCUGAGUGACAAUUUGUUUGUGCUGCACGUGCACUGCGAGGACAACAAGCAGAAGGGAGACGUGGUCCUGCAGAGUGACCACGUGAUCGAGACACUGACAAAAGCAGCCAUUCUGGCCAACAAAAUCAACAACAUCAACAUCAACCAGGGCAGCAUAAAGUUCACAGCGGGACAAGGCAAAGAAGGGAUCAUCGACUUCAUCUCGGGCUCAGAGCUGCUCAUAGCCAAAGCCAAGAACGGGCAUCUAACAGUGGUUGCUCCUCGGUUGAACUCCCGAUGAUGAAAAAUUCCCUGCUCCAGGACCCUCCCCUCCACAGAACUGGCUGAACAUUGCUGCCAGCAAACCCCUCCUUCCUCGCUUUGCUCUUUCUGUUAUUACCAAAGACCUGCACUUUCAGAACAACCACAAAAUACAUCCCUGCUCUCUUGUCUUACUCUCAAAGUCCCAAACAAAGGCCUUCUCCUCUCCUCCUUACCCGACCGAACGUGGGGUCCAGCACAGCCUCCCUGCAACCACAGCUCGGGACCUUCAGCUGAGUUUAAGCCCUGAUGGAAAUGACCAAAAUUUGUGCUUGUCAUCACCAAAAAAAAAGCACAAUCAGAAGAAAACAAGUAACUCUGCUGCUUUCUCAGCCAAAUCACUGAAAUGCCAAACUUUGUAUUCAGAAUGUUUUAUGAAGAAUUUUGCUCGGAGAUGUUUUAAUGCUUUGUGUUACAAAUAUAGUGAAGCCAUAUUCUGUAAAUGAGUAAAACCUGUAAAUACUUUAUAGCCAAGGAUGAGAUGCACUACCAGAGAUGGAGUUGAUGUGGAAACUUUUAUGUUUUAGAUUUGGAAUUUUUGUUGAUUUUAGUUUAUGGUUACAAGGUAUAACCUGAAAAACCCAUCGUGUACCUUCUUCACUGAUCAGGAGCCAGAGACUUUUAUCUUUUUUUGAAGUCAGCUGUCCCAUUUCUUGCUCUCUAUUUUUAUACCACAGGAAUUUUUCAUAUCCACACAAACACAAUGUAAUACAAACUGCAGAGGUUACCACUGCUCUGGGCUGGCCAUGGGAUGAACAUGAGCUUCCCCCCUGCCUUUCCCUGUCUGGGAGUCCCCACUGCCCCUUCUCCACACUGCGCAGCACCUUCAGGAAAAAUGGCUUUUCCUCUUGUUCCUAGCCGUAACUGGAAGUCUGAUUCCCACAGUAUUUAUACCAGUGCCUCAGUGCUGCCUUACCAGGGAGGGCUGGGCACUGCUGCUGCCCCACAGCUCUGGGGACACGGGGGCUGGGUGCUGGCUGCAGCACAGGCUCCUCCUCAGCACCUUCCCUUGAGCCCAUCAGCUGCAGGGUGCACAGCUCCACGGGCAGUUCCUGCUGCAUGCACAGCCCAGCCCGUGCAUCCUGCUCUGCCUGCCUUAGCCCCCCAUCCCCCUGCAGCCACAGCCAGCCCUGAUUUCCCUCACCCCUGCUCCAGCCUCAGCUCCCUCUCCUCUGGCUCCUGACACGGUGCCCUGGUGCAGCCCUGCAGUGUGGGAUUCCCUGCAGGCCGUCCCCCAGAUGUGCCCAGUGUGUGCAGGGCACGCUGCAGAUGUUGGUGCAUAACCUCUGCCAGACUAUGCUGAAUAAAUUUUUACAAAAAAAACCAACUCCCCUUGUCUGUGGUGCAGUUUCCUUACGUGGUUCAGGGGAAGGCUGACCCCAGCCCCAGCCUGGUGCCCAUUCCAAGGAGCAGCUUAUUCCCAGCACAGGGAAGAACCUGUGUCCCUUUAUCUGUGGAACUGCACUGGAUGGGAAGUGCUGCAACAGCAGGAGAGAGGAAUUCACCACCCAUUUCCCAGGGAUUUACACAGGGGAAGACUGGAUAAAAGGGCUGCUCCCAGCAGCACAACUCACGCUCAGACCAGCUCUUCCUUAGCUCCUGUCUGAAGAACAAGGCUGUUCCUGCUGCUCUCUCCCCCUCCAACUGUUCCUAGUACAAGCAACAAAGGGAAGUUAUUCUUCUAAAAGAAAUUCAUAGUGAUGGUUGGCGUUUUUAAUUUAGGUUUGUUUUAUUUAAGUUUAAUGUUAAUUCCAUGCUGUGUUUCAGUAAGAACAAUACAGAUUCUGUAUCUGUGGCUCCAGUCAGAUAUCCAGUAGUACAAAUUAGCUUCAAGUUACACAUACUGAACAAAAGAGGUUGAGCGAGCGAAGGGAGAUGGGGAGAGGGGAGGGAGAAAAGAAAAAAUAUUGAACACGCAUGCAGGCUUAUCAAUGCCACCUUCAAUGCUAACCUGCUUGGAGGGAAAGUAAAGAACAGGCAAGAAUGAGCAGCCACGGAUUGUUGAACUGUUACCAGCACCAUGAUUUUCAGCAACAUUUCAGCAGUUUGGAAACUUUUUUGUUUUUAUACAGUAAAACCACUACAAUAAAUGUCCCAAAUGCAACCUCGCAACUUCAAGCUAAACACCCAAUUAAGUUGAAACAUUGGUAUAAAAUUCAGUUUAAACAGUUAUAAAAAAAAGAAAAAUGCCACCACAUGAGCACUACCUGGCCAGGACCAAUCUCUCCCUACACGGCCUUCAGGUGUCACAUCCAGGUCUGAUGGCAAUGUCACCACAGCUGGCAGAGACAAUACAGUAAUGCUGAAAGAGCCUUUACGCAGUCCUGUUAGUGUCUUAAAGAACCUAAAAGCUGGCACCAGUAAAAUCCACAGAAAUUCACUCUUGCCUUUAAGAACUUUUAAACUGUGUAAAAAAAAAUAAAAAUAAAGAAACCCAACAGGGCAGGAA